AUGCAACUCAAGACCGGGUUCUACUACAUCUCCACCAUCGCCACCAGCCCCUGGGGUGAGCGUUGGGUCCAGCGCGACACCGCCGAGAACAAUUCGCUGCUCUCCAAGCCCGUCAACAUCCAGGUCGACGAGGCAGGCGCAGCCCAGUGGUACGUCGAGCAGGUCGGCGACGAGCAGAUCUUCCAGAUCUAUGCCGGCUCAAUCGACGCCGACCCAGUCAUCACCAUCGACCAGGAUGGCAAGCUCUUUGCCGACAUCAGCGGCAACGGCCCCGCGCAGAGCUGGACGGUGAAAGCGUGUGAGCAGACCUGUGAGGAGGGGGUUUACAUUGUGCAGGAUGACAAGGGAAAUGCCUGGCAGACUCCACAGUGCGAUGAAAAAGACCCCCAGAUCCUGAUCGAAUCUCUUGUCAUUACCGCCAUCUACCCUCCCCGGUACCCGACCUAUGCGCAGUUCAAGUUUGCCAAUGUCGACGAUGUCGACUAG